AUGGCAUUCGGGUACCCGCCUGCGGGUACUAGGUACCCGUUGGCGGGUACCGCUCAUACCCGCCAAAUACACGUCAGGCGGCCACGUGUCAAGCACGAUCAAGCUACUCUUCAGCCAUAUCCUCUAGGAGAUCAUCAUCAUCCAACCAUCCAUCCACCAUGGCAUCAUCCACCCGCAAGCGAAAGAAACCAAACUCAUCACACCCAUCAAGCCCCUCACCCUCUUGAAGCCAAUCACAACAGCGAACAUCAAACCAAAGGUGAAGACAAUGAUCAGCCAACAUCUACAGCACCAAUUGAAACAACUGACGAGGAGGAGUUAAAGAAGGCCCAGAAAGUCGCUGCCGCCGCCCAGAGUCCCUGCUACGCAUUCUACUUGACCCCUGAACUCUCAACACAGCGUGAUAAGAAAAACCGAUUCAUGAUUGCUUAUCCCUGCAAAAUGUUCAGGUGUGGGAUCAAGAUCAACCGCCCAACCUCGGACUCCUCUUGCGGCAACCUGAACAAGCACCGUACGGGGUGCAUCCGGAAACAAAACCAAUCAGAUACCAAUCAGACUCUUGCAUUGGUCGGGAUUAAAGGGACUGGCGACAUCGACCCCAAAGAGGUUCCGCAACUCUGUGCUAUAUGGUGUGCCGAGUCGGCCAGGCCAUUUUCCGCCCUAGUUGAAUCCAGCCAUCAGGCCAUCCUUCACCCUACUGUCAUCAAGAAUUUACCGACAAGACACAUGGUUUCGAAGGACAUCCACCAACUAGCAAUACAACAGGGCUACAAGAGGGAUCUUGCGGAACAUAAAGGUGCCUUGUAUCUAGGUGUGGAUGCUUGGCAAUCACCAAAUGGAUUUGAUAUCCUUGCAAUAGUCAUAUAUCGACUAGUUGAUAGCAGCCCUGGGGAUAUAAAGCUAGAGGCUAUGCCUCUAGACUUUAUUCGACUUUCUCAAAGCCAUACUGGGAAGUACUUAGCGGAGACAGUUGCCGCUGUUGUGGAGAAGUUCAAUAUUCAGCAUAAGAUAUGUGGCAUUGUCAGCGACAAUGCCUCAAAUAACAAGGUCAUGGUAAGUGAGCUGAAGAAGCAGAAGUGGGCCCGCUUUAAAGGCAAGCAACAGUGGCUACAAUGUUUUGCACACGUCCUCAACUUAAUUGUUCAAGGGAUUCUCCGACCGUUUGGAACUCAGAAGCAAGCAAAGGAUUCCAAUAAACAGCCAGAAACACCUGCAAAUGCCUCUGAUUACUCGGAUUCAGACCACGAUUCCACUGCAGACAACGUUGUAACCUCCACCCAAGAUAUUGAAGACUCUUCCAGUGAAGGAGACCAAUCAAGUGAGGCUGAAAGUCUGGAGCAAGAAGAUCGAGAAGACUUGGAAUCACUUGACCUUGAUGAUAUCGAACAGGCUAGCAAUGAGGGGGAAGACAAUCGUUAUACCACCAAAACUUGCAAAACAAGUUUGGCUAAAUUCCGCGCAAUCGCCAAGAAAUUGAAGUAUUCCCCCAACUCCAAAGCCGAAUUUGUUGAGAUAUGUCGCGAAAAGGGAACUCUUACACCUCAUAAUGUCAAACGAGACGUACGAACUCGAUGGAAUUCAACCCACACCCAAGUGAACAGUAUUGUCCGAUGUGAGGCGGCCAUCCUGGUUGGUUAUCUGAAUCCCAGCCUUGUGUGGCAACGUCACAAACGGCAUGGGAUUGAGAGGAAACACUACUUGGACGAGUCAGACUUUGCAUUGGCACGAGAUUUGGCCAACCUUCUCAACAUAUUCUACGAGAUCACUCUUCAAUUAUCGAUAUCGGGCUCGGCUCGCCUUGCUAACAUUGUUGUCUUCAUUGAUCAAAUCACUGAGCAUUUGUCAACAGUGAUCAGUGGCUCUGAGUACCCACCAGCUCUGAAAAAUGCCUGUCGGAUAGGUUUAAAGAUAACCAAUAAGUACUACAGCUUAACAGACUGCUCACCCCUUUAUAGGAUAGCCAUCGUUCUCCACCCAUCAUUUAGGGAUGAAUAUUUCAAGCUAGCCCAGUGGGAACCAGAGUGGAUUUCCGAGGCUAUAAGGCUUACUCGGGAGAUGUGGUUGACAUUUUAUAAGCCUCAAGCAUCAGCUCCGAUGAACUCAUCAUCAGCUACUACAAGCUCUAAGCAUGCUAGCUGGCCUUGGCAGCGCGGCUGCUGCCAGAGGUGGUCAUUGCUCCUCAGACCCUUUGGAGGUGUGGCUGGCGGGGGACUUAUCUUGGACAACAACGAACCAAUCAAUCCGUUAAAAUGGUGGAUCCAACAAAAGCGAGCUGGAAACACCCACGGAGGCCUGGUAAAUAUGGCGCUGGAUGUCCUUAGCUGUCCUGUUUUGGCCGUGAUUAUGUCUCGACCAAGAGGCACAGGCUAUCGGCUCGGUCGUUGA